ACUUUACUAAAUUUCACAUAGUACAUGAGACAGGUAGUGAAGUUUUGUUCGUUUCGUGUGUAUCGAUUUUUUGAGUGAAGUGAACGUAGUGUUCGUGUCCUUUAGUUUAGUGACGUUUGUUAGAAAAAUAUCUGUGAAUGGGAUUGUGUAACGAGAUAAAACGUUUACUUGGUGUGUGAUUCUCUGUAAAGGAUGACGAAGGAUAGGUUAGCGGCGCUCCAAGCGGCGCAAAGCGACGAUGACGAUGUCGGGCCCGACGACGUCAACGUCGCCGUCGAAGGGGGCUUUAUGGACGAAUUCUUCAGUGAGGUUGAAGAGAUACGAGAGAUGAUAGAUAAGAUUCAGGCGAACGUGGAAGAAGUGAAGAAGAAGCACAGUGCCAUCCUAUCAGCGCCGCAAUCAGAUGAAAAAACAAAGCAUGAACUGGAAGAUCUCAUGGCCGACGUAAAGAAAACUGCCAACAAAGUCAGAGGAAAGUUAAAACACAUAGAGCAGAACAUCGAGCAAGAGGAGCACUCGAAUAAAUCUUCAGCGGAUUUGAGGAUAAGAAAGACACAGCACUCGACGCUGUCGCGCAAGUUCGUGGAGGUGAUGACGGAGUACAACCGCACGCAGACCGACUACCGAGAUCGCUGCAAGAGCAGGAUACAGCGGCAGCUGGAGAUCACCGGCCGCGCCACCACCGACGACGAGCUCGAGGAGAUGCUCGAGCAGGGCAACUCGGCAGUGUUCACACAGGGGAUAAUAAUGGAGACCCAACAGGCGAAGCAGACGCUGGCCGACAUCGAGGCGCGGCACGCCGACAUCAUCAAGCUGGAGACUUCCAUCCGCGAGCUGCACGACAUGUUCAUGGACAUGGCGAUGCUAGUCGAGAGCCAGGGCGAGCUCAUAGAUCGCAUCGAGUACCAUGUCACGCAAGCCACCGACUACGUCGACUACGGCCGCGUCGAGAUACGCAAGGCCGGCGAGUACGCCGCCAAGGCGCGGAAGGUAAUGCUACACAUACAAACUAAACCGCGGCUCAGCCGCCGCCUGUUACUAAACUGCGAAACCCUACAACGUUUCUACUACUGUACGGAUCUUGGGGGUGAGGCGCUACCUAACAGAGACUUCUCAAACAACAUUGGGCCACAUCUGUUACGUGCUAUCGACUGUCGACCACAACUGAUCUACUCAUGUUAUAAUUUUCAUUUCCAUACUUAAACAAUGAUUGCAUAUUUUAUGGACAACAAAUGUCCUAUUGAAGUUGCAUUUCUAAAGCAUGCUGCAUGAAACCAAAUAAUCUUUGAAUAAGAAUACAGUUCAAACUACUGAAAGAAAUGAUUGAAACAUUAUUCAUUAAAAGUUUAACACCAAAAUCCUCUCUAACUCAGUUGAAAGAAAUUAUUUUGAAGUUGGUUUUGCACUUUAUGCAUUUUGUAAACGAUUUAAUUAAUGUACAUCCGAAAUGCAUGUAUACUAUACAUGUAAGUACAAGUCACAUAAUAAUAUGUUUUUAAACUGACUGCACGGUUUCGGGUUCACAUUUGACUGAAUUAAUAUGAAAUAUAAACAGUCAUGUAAAACAGCUUUCGACGUAACUCAUUUUCAUGACAGAAUACGCUGAAACUAUGAAUUUGUCAACUCUUCAAUUCCGAUAAAAUGUUUAAACCAACAUGAGAAUUGGAAAGUUCAUUUCCUUCGUUCCUUUACGUAAUUUAAUAUUUAAAAAUUAAUAUCUCUUCUUUUUGUAGCUAAAGAAUAUUUAUGUGUCCUAGACAUGCAGUAUUAAUCGUUUUCGUGUGUAAAAACACUGAUAUUUAACAUGCAUUUAGGCCGCAUGAAAUGUUAUGUAACGGAAUGAAGGAACUUGCAUUGCAUAAAUCUAGUUCACAGCUUACUGCCUUCUUUUGUACCAUAGAGACUUGGUGUCGUAAACAAGGUCGAAUACGAAAAAAAAAUACAUGGCUAUGUUCUUUUUUUGCAACAAGCCUUCAUGGAGUUUUUAAGUAGUUUCAUUUAGCCUUCAUUACAGCCAGCAUUGUUUUCAAAUUCAAGUUUAGAAUCAUGUCGUAUCCGGCCUUGUGUCGUGUUGGUGACGGCAUAUGUGUGUAGUGUUGUCACUUGCUUCCGGUGUUGAUAGCAAUUUUAUAUGUGAAGCGUGAAUCGGCUAGAGUUCUCAAUGAAUCAAUAUUUAACACAAUAAUAGCUACAUUAAUCAUGUAAUUUCCGUUCUAUAUUAGAAAAACAAGUCACAAUAUUUUUGUAAGGAAAGAUAUGUAAUUAUGAAUAUGACAUCUUUCAAGGUUCUAAAAAUGUUCUUGAUAUUAUCUCGCAAAUGUUAAGGAAAAUGUCGUUCAUAAAAAUGUAAACAGUACUUAACUGUUAAAAAUAUAUGGCAAUAGCUCUACUUUUUCUUGAUUUAAUUCUUAUUGACAAAUAAUAUGUGUCAUCGUAUUGCGAACUAUUGAUUAAUAGUUUCUACCUUGAACAUUGAUUUCACUGUAACUCUAGCCGAUUGAUGUUUUGUUUAUAGUGAUAUGUUGGUUGUCUGUUCCAUACUUUCCAACUUAACACUAAAAUGUAAACAACAACCAAAUGAUGUAAGUAUGUUUAAUCAUUUAAUCAGUAAUGUUAUUUUCUUUGCAAUUAUACUAGUAUGACUAGGGAAUGCAAAUCCGUUCUGUUUUAAAAUCCGGAUUUUUAAUAAGGAAUUUUUGGUCCUAUCCGGAUGAUCCGGUUUUUAUUGAUCUUUCAUGAAAAUUAACCAAUCUACCCAUAUUAUUUUAUUAGUAUGAUGUGUCUUAUAUUUGUGUUAAUGGAUUAAAGUAAAAACAGAAUAAUCAAAUGCUUUUUACUUUUUGUUUGGUCUUAUUAAAAAAUUGAAAGACGAGAUGAAUUUUCGCGCAAUAAUGAGCAUAGAGGUGGGCCGUAAGUUCGAAACGUCUUUUAGACGUAAUCGAUAAUACGUAGUUUCGUGGAUGAGUAACAAGUUUCAAAAACUGCUUAUUACUCCUAUUUAAUUUAGAACUGUACAGAAUAACGCCCAUCACUAAUGCAGUCCUUGAAUAACAAUGUCUAAUUAUUCAGAAAACCUGAUUCGAUUUCCAAAUUCGAAUUUAGCCAUACGAAAUUGAGCGGAUAUCCGAUUUUUGAUCACAUGUAGUGCAGAUUGCAUCCCCUAAGCAUGAUAUAAACAAACUUAGUGGUUGACACAAACUCAUUAAGAAAAAAAAUAGGUAAUCGACAACCUUAUUUCUUUGUUAAACCUUUAGCAAUUUGUUAUUGAAUUAAUUCAAUCGUAUUCUAAUCAACUAAAGAUCCAAAGUUGUCGAUUUCAUUUUAUAUAAUAUCCAUGGCAGCGAUUUUAUUUUGUUUUUCUUUUGUUUUUUAUUAUUACAGAAAAAAAUCUUCAUCAUUAUAUGCCUGAGUGUUACGCUGAUUAUAUUAACAAUAAUACUCGCGAUUUGGCUGAGUUAAACUUCGUGCGAAGACAACCGGCUUGUGACGUCACCACUGUCGGACCUCCAUGGACUAAGUGAAAGAAUUCAGUUGGUUUGUGACCACAUACAUCCAACAUUGAUAUUCGUCUGUAUACCAUUGAGUCAAAUGUAGAUUAUCUAUAUAACUACAUUAAAUACGAUAAUAUUAUCUGAAUAUAUUUGCUUGUUUAUUUAAACACAGAAUUGUUGUUGUAAAUGUCACAACAGACAUGCAUGGAUGUAGCAAGUGCAUUGUGUUUUAAGUUUUAAGAUCAAAAAGGCUGUAUUAUGAUAUUACCUAGAUUAUUCAGCAUUGUUAAUUAAUUUAGUUCAUGCGCUGUACACAAACGUUAUGUUGCGACUAUAUUCUAUAAAUAUAGAAAGAUUCUCGCGAUGAGAAGACUUUAGGGACAAGUGUACACAGCGCCAUCUACAAGGUGCUAUUCAAUACAAAUACAAGUUUGUAACACAGCCUUUUUGAGUACUUGAGCACCGUUGUAUAAUUUCAUAAUAUAACUAAACAGGAUUAUAAAUAUUUUGCCGUCAACUACGGUAAAGUUCGAAGACAAUAUGUGUAAAGUGCAAUAAUAUAGAUUGUGCUUUAGAUUUGUAAGUUAUUUAAUAUUAAUAUUAGCUUUACUGGUAUUACCAGGCUGUCUUAUAUCAUAUAAACAUAUUUAAUUAUAAUGGAUGUAUAUAAGUAUACAACUCAAAAUUGAUUAGUCAAAACAUCACAGUACCUAUACAGGGCACUAUUGUUGAAGUACACAAAUGUUUCUAUUCGACUUCUUUCUGCCCUAUUACUGUUAGCUCCACUGAAAUAAAUAUAUUAAUUAUUAUAUUAAUAAAUAUUUACUAGCUUUACGCGGUUUGUUAACUACUUAUUAAAGUUUAUUUAAUGCAGUUCGUUGGAGAAUUUAUAAUAUUUAAUAGCUUUUUUCCUCUAUAUUGUUGUAAGGCCAUUUGCUCGCAGAUUAUAAACUCUAAAUUUAAACACGUAAAAGUUAUAAUCGCACAAAUGUUUUGACAUUUUAUAAAGGUACAAGAGAUACACGAACAGGAGUCAAGAGUAGGCACACUGAGUGCUCAACGAGUCAAUAUCAAAGAUAUAGUGACCAGUAUUUUAUCUAGUUUAAGUUCUCAUACUUUUAACUCCUUAGUAUUCGUUGAGGCUUCUGUCAUACAUUAUUUAUUUCACUAUACUUAGUGAAUUUUACUUGAUAUGUUACUAAUGAUACUUGUAAAGUAUUAUUUAGGCGAUCUGUUCAUCGUUAUGUACAGUGUGUGAUGUAAAACUCUCUCAUUCAAUUGUUACAAACAAAUUAAGUUUUCUUUUUUUUAUUUAUAUCUAUAUUCCUAUUGUUGUGUGUUCAGUCCGGAAUGUUGUUUCUGGUGAAUUUAGACAGUGAAUAUGGCACCUAUAUACUGUUUUACCUGUAAUAACGUUUUUGCAUUUAUUAAUAGCAUUUUGAUGAUAUUUUCACAAAUUGAACAUAUACCUCUAGUUUAUUUGAUACGUUAUUGCACUUACUAAGUCGUGUGUUAUACUUAUGUAGCACAAACAUAUAACUGUGAUUCAAUUGUAAUAUUCGUUUAAUUGAAAGUGUAACUGUCUUAGCUCAACUUCGCCGAUAUAUUUCACUUAGCUUGCGCACUUAUUUAUAUAAUUAAAAGACUGUGAAAUAUAAUUUAAUGCCAUUUUCAUAAUUAUUAUUGAUGAUUAAUUACUUAAUUAUGUUGAGACCUUAAUAGAAGUUAUGUUUUAUUUCUUAAUAUAUCAUAAGUAAUAAAUAGUUUAACGCCCCUCCAUCAAACAGCGUGUUACAAAGUUGUUUAUUAAAUCUAAUCUUAAAACUACUCAUGUUGUAAAUAUGUUUAUAAUUUCAAAAAUUACAUUUAUAUUUAUUAUUUCAA